CCGCUCUGCACGAUACAGCUGCUGAUCUUCUGCAUCCCCGGCACGCUGAUCGAGCUCAAGGCGUCCAAGCUGACGGGAUCGAUCUACGACACGGCCUGGCACGAGAUGCACCAGCAGAACAAGCAAAUCGUUCACCUACUGCUGCACCGCAGCUAGCAUCCGAGUGGACUAACCUGUAACAUCAAUAUGAAUCUGUUCGUGAAUGUUGCCAAGAAGGUGUACUCGAUCUUUAUGAUGAUGGAAAGCAUGUGAAGGGAAACCCGCCAGGCAAACGCAACGACUCGCUAAUUAACCUUUGACUUGUGGACUUUUUUUUUGGGAAACUAAACGCACACACGCACAUGCACGCAGGAAGCAAUACAUACGCAUGUUUGUUAUGCGGGUCGCGUUUGGUAAAACAUACAUCCGAAGCCUGUAGCGUCGGAUGUCGUGCCCACACUAGUUUGGUGGGUGCCUCGAACUUCUCCCGCCCAGGAGCGCGCACGUCGGAAAUUGGAGCUCAGUUGAAACUGCAAUCAAAAGGUUCAUUAUGAACGAUUUUAUUCUUUCAAAUAAUAACUACAACAACAUCUUAAAAACAAUACCCACGGCCCAGGUAAGCUAAUGAGAAUGACCUUAAAAGCGCGGACGGCUUCGGGGACCGAUGGGCCGUAAUGAAAUUGGGCAGGCCAUUAUCGUUGAAGAUCCCGCUGCAAUCCCGGGCGCGUGUGGGCGUCCUA